AUGGCGCCCGGCCUCCGCGAUCUGCCGCGUGUCUUUCCUGCUGGCUCGUAUGUGGCUGAUUACGCCGUCUGGUGUUCAUGCGUGGCUCUGUGCGGGUUCGCGGGUCUCACUCUUGUCUUUGUCGCCCUCGCAGUCCUCCAGGCGUUGCUUUCUUUCUGGCGGCGACACGCUCGCAGCUUACGCGAUGCUGAAAAGAAGUGGCAAGGGCUUGUCUACGGCAGCGCUUGCGCGCCAGGUGGAUCCGUCCUGUCUGCCGACAGCAAGCGAACCGAGGAUUUCUCGAGUCCCGCGCUCGGCAGCUCUGCGCCUGCCUCGAUCUCGUCGCCCUCGUCGUCGGUCUUACACGUGGUGAUCGUCGUGCUGGGCGACUUGGCGAGAAGUCCGCGAAUGAUUUAUCACGCUCAGGCCUUCGCAGCCAGCAUGAGCCCACCCCCGAUUAUCCACGUCGUCGCGUACACGCCGACUCCCGUGCCGCCCAGUCUCACGAGUCUCCCCCUGCUAGUCAUCCAUUCUCUACCUCCCUUUCCUCUGGAGGCGUUUCGUCGGUUUUUUCGUGGGCCUUUCGUGCUCGUUUUCCUCGCUCUCAAGCUCGUCCAGCAGGCUGCCGCGCUCGCGGGUGCCCUUUUGGUACUGCUGGUCAUGCUGUUUUUCUCCACCGUGCGAAUCGAGCGUGAAGGGGAAGGCGGCACGUCUCGCAGCGCCCUCCGCCGCCAGGCUCUGCUGGUCGUGCAGACGCCUCCCGCCCUCCCCACAGCUUUUGUCUGCGGGGUAACCAGUCGCUUGACAGGCGCCAAGAUGAUUCUUGACUGGCACAACUUUGCGUAUACGCUGAUGUUUCCGAAUCGACCGCGCAACGAGGAGGGCGCCCAUGGGCACGACUCCCUCGUGCGCAGUCUGCAGAGAGCCGCAGCGGCCCGCGCUGAGUCGGUAAGCGGCAUACUGGCCUCUGAGGCGCUCUGCGUCUCCAAGGCAAUGCAGCAAGCUCUCCAACGCGACUGGGGAGUGCGCGCUGCAGUCCUGUACGACCAUCCGAAUGCUCAAAUCAGGCCAAUUGACCUCGCAGAGCGGCACGCGAUAGCCAUGAAGUAUAUGCGUCUCCCGCGCGACACAGCGGCAGCCACGAGCCCAGUGAGGACGGCGCAGAGCUGUCUCAUGGGCGACUCCCACUCGCCGGCGCAGUCCGUCAGGCGACGAGGAGCGCAGCGGGGCAGCUCAGAAGGCGCAGAGUCGCGUCGCUGCACAGACGCGCUCCCGGCAGCUGCGCCGUCCGCGACCUCGGAAGGGCAGGACCGACACCUGUCCAGCGAGGACGGCGAUGUGCACGAAGAGCAGGUCUUUCUCGCGUUUAUUGACGACUGCGACGAAGAGGUCAGCGGUGCGAUUCAGCACGUGGGCGGUUCCCGCCUCAUCGCUCCGUCUGUCUCGCAGGAGCAGCCAAGAAGCCCUUCUGAGGAUGUAGCCGCUGUAUGCGAGGGAGAACAGGUCGCCCCGCGUACACACCUGCAGCGGCAGUGGGCCUUCCCUGCCAGUCCCUCGGGAGUCGUCAAGUGCAACUCAGCGGGUGCGCGGACGCCGCAGAGGCCGGCUGAGGGCGUUGGCUCAACGGAGGAGGCCACGCUCGUCUCGCGCGCGUGGCUGGAGCACGGUGGUAAGUCGGACGACUCAGCGACUGGGGGCCAGCGGACAGAUGCGACCUGCGGCCGCGCAGACAGCUCGCGCGGCUGCUGUCGGGUUGCUGUCGAGGUGAAGCGUCGGCGCCCGGCGGUCCUGCUGGCCGCAACGAGUUGGACUGGAGACGAGGACAUGGAUCUUUUCCUGGGCGCGCUAAAGCGGUAUGAUCGACAGCGAGAGUGGGAGCUGCGAAGCCUUUGCAAGGCUUCGCAGCUCGCUCGUAGAAACUGCGGUUUAGCAGGCGACAGCGGCGCGCCUCAACGCGCUGAUGACCUCCUUCCACCCCUUCUGGUCCUGAUCAGCGGCCGAGGCCCCGGGAAAAGCCAGUGGCUCAGCAAGGCUCGCCAGAGUCGCCUUCGCCACGUCGCCAUUCGGACACUUUUCGCUGCUUUACAGGACUACUACAGGCUGCUCGCAGCCGCCGACGUCGGCAUAUCCGUCCACACCUCUAGCAGCGGCGUUGAUUUACCGAUGAAGGUGGUGGAUUUGAAGGGUGCCGGAGUUCCUGUGUGUGCGUACGAGUUCCCGGCUAUCCAUGAGCUCGUCUGUGAUGGUCGAGAUGCGCUUUUGUUUGUUUCUGCGGAAGGCUUGUGUGCAAAAUUGCAACAGCUCCUUCGGCGUUUCCCGACCACGUUUGACGAGGCGGUCGACUUGUGGCAGCAUCGAGGUCUCCAUACCAUACCUUUUGCUACCUCCAGCUCAGUGCAUUGUUGUGAGUCGAAGGGAAUCCCUUCAUGUCGUUCGCAAGCAGAUGAUCGGACGGCGAGGCUAGGAAACUCUGCACGGUCACAGCCGCAAUCUCGUGACAACGAAUAUUGCAGAGCUAUCCCCGAUGGCGCAAAUGUAGAUGGAAAGGCGGGGGGGCCUCAGGCUGCCGCCUUAGAUUUGCUUUAUCGGAGCUAG